ACUGCGCUCUCAUAAACACACAAACUCCAAGUGGGCAUCCUUGGGAAGCCACUGAAGAACCCAGCCACGUAGGGGGACAGAACACAUACAACCGCCAAGAUGUGUGACAUGGGGGGUUUGGACAACCUGGUGGCCAAUACGGCCUACCUGAAAGCCCAAGGAGGGGACGACAAGGAGAUGAAAAAGCGCCGCCGCAGCUUGUCUCUGCCCAAGCCAGAGCAGUGUUCUGCUCUCCGAGAGGCCAUUGAGAAGGACUUUACAUCCCUUUGUGAAAGACAGCCUAUAGGGAAAAAGCUUUUCCGUGAGUUUCUGUCCAGCACCCCUGAGUUCCAGCUCGCCGCACAGUUUCUGGAUGAGUUGUAUGACUGGGACCUGGCCGAGGGCGCAGCUAAAGACAAGGCUCGCCAAGAAAUCCUGAAUAAGUACUGUAAAUCCGACUCCAAGUCCUUCCUGGCCUUUCUUAGCGGGGAAUCUGCAGAAAAAUGCAAGUCGGUUACAGACGCCAACUUUGAAGAAGUGAUGAAAACCAAGGUGCAGGAUGGUGUGAGGGAAUUUCUAAAAGGCAAACCUUUCACAGAAUACCAGGCCAGCCCAUUCUUUGACAAAUUCCUUCAAUGGAAGGAGUACGAAAAGCAGCCCAUCAGCGACAAAUACUUCUAUGAAUUCAGGACUCUGGGAAAGGGGGGCUUCGGAGAGGUGUGUGCUGUUCAGGUGAAGAAUACAGGUCAGAUGUACGCCUGCAAGAAGCUAUGUAAAAAACGUCUGAAAAAGAAGGGUGGUGAAAAAAUGGCCCUAUUGGAGAAGCAGAUCUUGGAGAAGGUCAACAGCCUGUUUCUGGUCAACCUGGCCUAUGCGUACGACACCAAGACUCACCUGUGCCUUGUCAUGACCCUGAUGAAUGGAGGAGACCUCAAGUACCACAUUUACAACAUCGGCUAUGAUGGAAAGGGUGUGGACAAGGGCAUAGAGAUGAAGCGUAUCAUUCACUAUACGGCACAGAUCACCACCGGCAUCCUGCAUCUCCAUGCAAUGGAUAUUAUAUACCGGGACAUGAAGCCCGAGAAUGUCCUGCUGGAUAGUCAAGGCCAGUGUCGACUUUCCGAUUUGGGUCUGGCUAUAGAGAUAGUUCCAGGAAAAACGGUCACCCAAAUGGCGGGUACGGGAGCCUACAUGGCCCCCGAGAUCCUGAGCAAAACCCCAUAUCGGACAUCUGUUGACUGGUGGGCCCUGGGCUGCAGCAUCUACGAAAUGGUGGCGGGCUACACGCCUUUCAAAGGCCCUGAGAGCAAAAAGGAGAAGGUGGAGAAGGAGGAGGUGCAGCGGCGCAUUCUCAACGAGGAGCCAAAGUGGGAACACAAGUGCUUUGAUGCCCCCACCAAGGACAUCAUCCAGCAGUUCCUCAAGAAGAAAAUAGAUGAGCGUCUGGGUAUGAGGAACAACAUGGAGGAUCCGAGGAAACACGAGUGGUUUAAGACGAUCAACUUUCCCCGCUUGGAGGCAGGGCUUGUGGACCCUCCCUGGGUCCCCAAACCCAACGUGGUCUACGCCAAGGACACCGGCGACAUCGCAGAGUUCUCCGAGAUCAAAGGCAUCGAGUUUGACGCCAAGGAUGAUAAAUUUUUCAAGGAGUUCAGCACGGGCGCGGUGCCCAUUCCCUGGCAACAGGAGAUGAUCGACACGGGGCUGUACGACGAGCUCAGCGACCCCAACAGGAAAGAGGGAGCAGGAGGUUUCGACGACGACAAGAAGUCUGGCACGUGUGCGCUCCUCUGAGCAGGCCCACAUUGGGCUCCUAACAUCUUAUACCUCUCGAUUAUUUGCUUUCUGUUGCACAAUAGCACCGGUGUGAAUGGUGGAUCAUGGUUCAUGAGAGGUGAGGACAGGCGUCUUUGCUGAGACAGAAAUAAUGUCUCACAACGGUGCUUACGGUUUAGAGGUGAGCUGCUUCUCAGGCAGAGCUCCGUAAAGCGUGAACAAUAACGCGUAUUUCAUGCGUCGCUUCUGCUCCACGGCUUCUUUUAAAAGCAUGCAUAUUUAAUUACGUAGUCCUGCUAGCAGCAAGGGUUAUUGUUGUUUUUUUUUUAUUUUUAUG